UUACAUCUUCUUCCUCGAAAACUCUCUCUUGUUAUUGCCUUUUCUGUAAUAUUUUCUUGCUUCUUUCCCCCCUUCCUGUAAGCAAAUAUUCCACCUAAUAAACCCUUUGCGUUAACCCUAAUAUCUCUAUCUUUUUCGGAGUCGGUCUAAAGUUUGCAGCUUUCCAAGUUCUGGAGCCAAUUAACAUAUAAGAUGGGUGAGACUGGGAAGAGAUCUCAAUCCCAGAGGGACCACGGUGGGGACAAUAAGAAUCAGAAGCGACGGGUGAAUGACAAAGAUGACAGAGGUACUGACAAGCUGGUUGUUUAUAGAAUACUAUGUCCAGAUGGGGUUAUUGGAAGUGUCAUUGGUAAGAGUGGGAAAGUAAUAAAUUCAAUAAGGCAAGAGACACGGGCAAAAGUCAAGGUUGUUGAUCCAUAUCCAGGUGCUAAAGACCGUGUUAUCACAAUCUACAGUUAUGUUAAGGAGAAGGAAGAGGUGGUUGAUGAUGACUUUAGUGACAGGGAACCUUUAUGUGCUGCACAGGAUGCUCUUCUCAAAGUUCAUGCUGCCAUUGCAAAUGCCGUGGCUACUGUGGGAGAUUCUGACAAUAAGCGAAAGGAUGAGGAGGGAUGUCAAAUUCUUGUUCCAUCUAGCCAAUCUGCAAAUAUCAUUGGUAAGGCUGGAGCCACAAUAAAGAAACUGAGAAGCAAGACAAGGACAAACAUUAAAGUCAUGGCCAAGGAUGCCACUGAUCCAACUAACUCAUGUGCAAUGGACUUUGACAAUUUUGUCCUGAUUAAUGGUGAGUCAGAGGCUGUGAAGAAAGCUCUGUUUGCAGUUUCUGCAAUUAUGUACAAGUUCACUCCUAGAGAAGAGAUUCCUCUUGAGACUUCAGUACCGGAAGCUCCUCAAAGCAUUAUCAUCCCAUCCGAUGUCCCUAUUUAUCCACCAGGUGGACUAUAUCCAAGUGCGGAUCCUAUUGUCACUCCUAGAUCUGUUCCUUCAAUUGUAGGUGCUACAGAUGUGCAGGAUCUCCAGCGUUAUGCAGAUACAGGGAAUACAUGGCCUCUUUAUUCAUCUGCCCUUCCUGUGGCGUCUGGAUUCACCAGUGCCUCACAAUCGGAGGAGUUAAUUAUAAGAGUAUUGUGUCCUUUUGACAAGAUUGGGCGUGUGAUUGGCAAAGGAGGGGGUACCAUUAAAAGCAUAAGACAGGCUUGUGGUGCUCGUAUCGAGGUUGACGAUACCAAGUAUGAUUGUGAUGAGUGUGUCAUCACGAUUACUUCAUCAGAGUCACCUGAUGAUCUGAAAUCCAUGGCGGUUGAAGCUGUUUUAUUGCUGCAAGGGAAGAUCAAUGAUGAAGAUGAUAAUACUGUUACUGUUAGACUACUUCUUCCAUCUAGGGUCAUUGGAUGCAUCACUGGAAAAAGUGGCUCAAUUAUAAAUGAGAUCCGUAAGAGAACUAAAGCUGAUGUCCGUAUCUCAAAAAGUGACAAGCCUAAUUGUGCUGCUGUAAAUGAUGAACUUGUUGAGGUGCUUGGAGAAGUUGGCAUUGUUAGAGAUGCACUUAUCCAGAUUGUUUUAAGGCUCCGUGAUGAUGUCCUGAAAGAUGGAGAUGGUGGUCAUAACCCUGCUUUCGGUGCAGAUUCUCUAUUCUCUGCUGGCUCUAGUCUUUCAGUUUCAUCUGUCUUGCCUUCUGUUGCCACAGUUGCCCCUUUUGGACAUGAUUGGAGGGUUGAGAGUGGAAGUGGCUUGGGCAUGCUUUCUUCAAGCAGCCUCUAUGGAUAUGGUUCUUUGUCGAUGGGCGACAAUGGCUACGGAUCCAUGCCCACAUAUUCAUCCAAGCUAUAUGGAGGGUUGCCUCCCACUUCCACACUUGAGAUUUUGGUCCCUGCUAACGCAGUGGGUAAGGUAAUGGGUAAAGGAGGGGCCAAUAUUGGCAACAUGCGGAAGAUAUCUGGUGCAAUGAUAGAGAUUUCUGAUUCCAAAACUUCCAGGGGUGAUCGUAUAGCCCAUAUAACAGGCACACCUGAACAGAAGCGUGCAGCUGAAAACUUGGUUCAGGCAUUUAUAAUGGCCACCUGAGUUUUGAAGAUGCUUCUAGAUAGAAGGAAUCUUUCAAGAAGGGCAAAAGGUGCCAACUCUAGUACACAUGAAGUAUUUGAGAGAGACACCUAUUGGAGCAUUCUGAAGGAAAAAGGUAUUCUUAAAUUAUGUUUUGAGCUCCUCCAGCGCCGAUCCAUGGUCCUCAAAGAUUCUAGCAUUCCUUUCCUUCCAAAUAACACCAAAUGAGGCAAGUAGGACCUUUUUUCACAUUGCUGUGAUUUCCAGGCUGCCACCGUACCCUUUCCAGGAAUAAAAGAGACCCACAAUUCUUCUGGGUUUGGCCCAAGCCAUUCCAAUCCAAUUGAAGAAGUUCCUCCAUAGAGCACUUGUAUUCUCACAAUGACAAAGAUGAUCAACGGACUCUCCACUCUUACAUAUGUAGCAUCAAUCAAUCACAGCGGUGUGUCCUUUCCAUAGAUUAUCUGUGGUGAGAAUCUUCCCUAGAGACGUUGUACUAGUAAAGAACGGUUUUCAAGGGGGCCUUUGUC